AUGGGGGAUUCUUGCCGUUUUACCGCCUUCCCCUUCCCCUGUGGAAAGGCGGCCUCUGAUUCUUUAGCACUGAUGUAUCAAAUUUCAUGUCGUUUCCGACGAGCCACGCAACAUGCGGUGUCAUCCAAGACUUUUGUCUGGGGUGUUGUUGGGAUAGUCCUGGUGGCGGAUGGCGUUUACUACACGGUGGCGUGGUUUCAGGCGCGUUGUGGGCGUCUGCAGAGCAGCGCGGCGCAAUUGACGUCUGCUGGAGACAAGCCAUUCAACGAGGAAAGAGAUGCACCGUCAGUGCGCCAGUAUUGGGUUGAGCUGAGUGAUGCCAUUCUCAAAGCUCCACGUACACCCCUGAAGGAUGGGGAAAGACGUAUCGCUUUGCCUGUGGCUGCAGAGGAUAUUGCCGAUGGCGUUCUCCCUGACGCCGUUCGGAUCAUAUGGGAAGACCAGGUGAGAUAUCUGCUGGAUCGGCGUGAGGUCCUCCUCUUGCUGCGGUCUGCGGUGAGAGGGCCAUCUAUGACUACCAAAGACGAUAUCAUUUCUGCAGCCUCGUUGGCGUUUUUAUGGCGUCUGCAACUCAUACGAUCUGUUUACAAGGCGGUGGUGAUUGACGGGGAUGUUAGCCAGUGCAGCGAUGAUCUGACUGACCUUGACGAAUACUCCACAGUGUUUUACAGGGAGUUGGUUUGCCCACUGGAGUUGUUUUUUUCCGCAUCUUCUUCAGCAGGGAUUGCAGCCUGCUGGUUCUCUCUAUCAGAGGAACUACGGCAUUUACGGCGACGAAGACGUUUGUUGCAGUUACAAAACACGUGGAGUUUGGUCAAAUAUAUGUAUGUUGGUGGUUGGAAGAAACUUGUGUCUUGCGCCAUGAUGGGUCUGCUUACUGCCGUUGCAGCACACAGUGCAAUUACGGGUCUGGCGGUGCGAGACCACAUUGAACAGUUGCUGAGCGUUACCCCAAGGCUUUUUCUGCAGUAUUCACGCGGCGGCUGCAUUGACACAUCGUCCCAUGCCAAUAUGAGGGCCGUUCUGGGGCUGUUGGCUUUUGAGUGGGCACGUCUUGUUGCCACUGUCGCGGUGAUGCGUGUGACGGAGGAUUACAUUCACACAUCGGCUUCCUGUCAUCGAGAUUCCGUGAAGCGACGACUUUACGAAGCACUCGCCCAAACUCCAUUGGCUUUUUUUGACCUACGGGAUCCGGAUGCAGUAGAGAGGCUUAUAUACUACGUCAAUGACCUUGAGGGGGUCGAUGUUCAAUUAAACGAUUUUUUUGCGCGCCUCGUGCGUGCGGCGGCGGCGCUUGCAGCAGCUGCAGCAACGCUGGACAGACGCAGUAGUUUGGUGGUUGUGGCGACGGUGACUGUAUCCAAUUUGCUUACGGGUGUAUUGAGUAUUUUGCGAAGGAAGUGCGCCGUGGAUCUUGAGGACGGGAAUGUGGAUGCGGAGGAAGAAGAAAACGGGAACAUGGCAACGGAUGGCAUGAUGUUACGUGGGAUGGAGAUCAUUGAACACAUUCACGAACUGCGGCCUUAUGGGGCGGACAUGACACUCAUGGGUUGGUGGACGGAACAGAUGUCACAGGGUCAUAAGGGGCCUGGAACGGUGCGGCGUAUUGUGCGUGUGGUACUUUCACUUCGUCGUUUGUGGACCAUUGACGCCCUCGCAUCUCUUAUGAAGUGGCUACUGCCGGCCAUUGUGACGGCCCAAGCGGCGGCCAGGUCUCAGGCACAGGGACUUCUUAUGGAAGCUAUGCGUGCUGUACAGGAGCUUCUGGACGAGGCGCUGGAUGCUCGGCGGGUGAUAGAGGUGGUAGUAAACAAUGCAUACAAGGCAAAUGCCCUGGAGCGGAUACUGGACCCCAGGAACUGGGAGAAAGAAGAAGUUUUGGAAGGUGGUGUUGGUGCUGCCACGAGGGAUAUGAAUGGUGGUGAUAACAGGGAGUCUCUGUGUGAUGAGGAAGCAAGGAAGGGUUUCCUGCUGCGAGGAGGUGUGGAGGUGGAGGUACUUCGCAUCCGAGCAGACGGCCUGCAGUUUCAGUACCCAACUUUGCCCACCGUUAACGCCUUCUUCUCACCCGCCUCAUUCACUCUACAGCUACAGGAUGAGUUGACAGGGGUAGGACGGCUUAUAUGCGUGACAGGGCCGAGUGGCUGCGGGAAAACAACCCUUCUUCGGCUCCUCCUGGCGUUGUACAAAACAAAUGCCAACAGUUUAUCUCUGCAGCUGCGACGUCGCAGGCGACGGACAAUGAAGCUACACUCAACGUGCAACGGUGACGGUAUGCCUGACGGUAACCAUGUCUGCGGUGAUGAUGGGGAAGUUUUUUGGCUGCCUGUUGCCUCCAUUCCACACCGAUUCCUCCGAUCUACUCUGUUUAGUUACAUGCCACAGAUUGCUACACUUUUCCCUGGAGCUACGAUUGCUCAAAAUAUCACUCUACGGAGUUCGAUAUCGGUAACAAACCUCUCACUACUUUCCCGAGUUCGGGAAUGUGCGGAGGCGGCAGCAUGCAUGGACUUCAUUGAGCGCCUACCACAAGGACUUCUCACACCGUUGUCAUCGAUAACAGGCUGGGCGACGCCCGGGACUCUGCGUCUGAGCUGCGGGCAGGGACAGCGCCUGAUGCUAGCUCGGGCCCUGUACCACGGUGGCGGUGUGCUGCUGAUGGAUGAACCCACCGCUGGGCUCGAUGAGGCGUCCAGAAGAGCUGUCAUGACGCAGCUGAGGGGGUUGUUGCAGUCAGGACGACUGCGCGGGGCGCUCUGCGUGACACACGACGUGGAAUUGCUGCAACAGGCGGAUCAAAUUGUAAGACUCUGA